AAUUAAACACAGCCUAUCACUACUAUAAAUACUUAGGCAUCAUUCCUCAUUUGUGCAUCAAGACUUCAAAGUAAACACAUCUUCUCAAGCAAAAACCUUUUGCUAUCUUAUAACAUUUUCUUUUAUCCUUACCAAAACCUUUGGAAUUAUGGGUGCCUUCACACAUGAUCAUGAGGUUACCUCCUCAAUCCCACCAGCUAGGUUGUUCAAUGCUUUUAUUGUUAAUGGAGACACACUUAUUCCCCAAGUCUUACCUCAAGCUAUCAAGAGCGUCGAGAUCCUUCAAGGAGAUGGCGGUGCUGGAACCAUCAAGGUCGUCUCUUUUGGUGAAGGUAGCCAAUUCAAGAGCGUGAAGCAACAUGUGGAUGCACUAGACAAAGAGAAUCAUGUCUACAAAUACAGUGUGAUUGAAGGAGAUGCUUUGCAAGGUGCGGUUGAAAAAGUGUCUUAUGAAGUUCAAAUUCUCCCUUCUGGUGAAGGAUCUGUUUGCAAGACCAAGAGCACAUAUUACCCUAAGGGAGAUGCACAAAUCAAUGAAGAGGAAAUUAAGGCUGGGAAAGACAAAGCCGGUUUAGUCUUCAAGGCUGUUGAAGCUUAUCUCAUUGCCCACCCCGAGGUGUACUAAAAGUCAAUCUCAAUUUGCUACCCAAAUUGGUCAUUAAUUUGAUGUUUUAAUUUGCUUCAUAUUGUGGCUCUAUUUCUCUCUUUCUUUCCAAGACAUGGAUAGUAUUUUCGUGAUAAAUAAAACCCACUAAGUUGUAGUGGUGAUGAAAU